AUGGUGGUUCUGAACUUCUUAGGCAUGUUGCCUGAACACCUCCAUCACAGAAAUUGGGAUCUUUCUUCUGAAGAAGAUGAACAUGGUUCAGCCACCUCUUCCACAUACAGUGGCUGGGGCACUCCAGGUGAGUCCCCUAGAAAGGAUCACUUAAAUGUAAUACCUGAAAAUAAAGUGAUAAAUCGUGUCACUGGAAAAAAGGGUGUCAGGCGAAAUGUAUCUCCAAUGCGGGAUCUAGAUUCCCCAGAUGGUUUUCCAAAGCCUUGGCCCCCAGAUGAUCAGUAUAAGGGGUUGCCUAUUAAAACCUCAUCAGAUACGAAAGUACCUCUCAAAAAGAAAUCAAGUCCCAUGGAACCCAGGCCAGACACUGCAAUUCCAGUCACAGGAGAAGGUGCUCACCAUUAUCAGUGUGACAGUGCCACAAGUAUUGAAAGUGAAAUGGACAUAGUAUUAGCUGAUUCAGGAACUCAAAUAGAAGCUCAAGAUGUAAGUAACCAUAUCAAAAGAUACAAUAAUUCAGAAUCAGCAGAUGCUCCACUCAGUCGCAUUGUUGUACCAGAUAGUCCUAUCAGUUCCAAAAUAGAGGUUGAGAAAGAUGAACCAUGUCUUAUGCCUCCACACCAAGCUGGCUUUAAAGAGUUCAGCCCAGAAGCAGAGAAUUCUGAGACAGAGAGUCAGGGAGAUAUGGCCCUUGGAGAUGAAGCAGGCCAUGAUGAAGGGGGACAGGUUGCGACAUUAUUGAUGCCGAUGCAAGAUGGCAUGACAGCGUUGAAUAACCACAUGCGUAGCCAUAGUCAAGAUUCCACUACAAGUACUGACAGAUCAUCACAAACUGAAGACCUACCGAGGCACUCCCAUAGGCGUGGUUAUAGCAGGGAGUCUAUUUUAUCGGAUCAAAGUUCCGUAAGCUCUCGCAUAAGUGACCUUGGAGCAGCACCUCCUAGAUUUCAUCUUAUGGGCCCUGAUAGAUCACACCUCACCUUGGAUGUGCAAUCACACGUGGAUCAUGAAUACAUUGAAGAAGUACAUAAAGUUGCGGAAUCUGUCGGAACACCACUUGCGCUGACUCCAGAAGGAACUCAAACUGAAGUUGCACAAAGACUGGCUUUGAUUGGGGAUGAAAUGGCAGAAAAAUAUAAGCCGCAGUUUGAAAAUGCUCUUGGUCUGGUAAUGGGAAUGCCAAGGGAGAAUGUCACCUAUGAUGUGUUUGUGAAUAUCACAAAGAGUCUGCUAGAUGCUAUUGUUCCUGAACCACAUGGUGCUUUUACGCAUGGCUGGGCACGGGUUGCCUGCUUGUUGGUGUUUAGUCGUGAUAUUGGGCGGUCUCUGGUUGGACACGGCCAGAGGGGCUUGAAUGAACUUGUGCAAUACACAGAGAGGAUUGUCACUGAUCAAUACACAGAAUUCAUCAUCAACCAAGGAGGAUGGGGUGCUGUGUCAGAAAUGCCCCUUGACACCCCCACCUCAAGCUGUCCCUCCACUCCUGCACCCCAAACCCCAGGUGACACCAUGCAACACCCUGGAUUCCCAGUCACCCCACAACAGCCAAUAGAUGGGGCAAAUUGUCAAGGUCAGACAGUUGACCAAUCAGGAGCAGUUGAUUCACAAUCUGUAACUGUCCCCACACCUAUAAGUGAAGAAGGAAUUCAAAAGGAAGAAGUAGACAUUGUUGACAGUGCUAAAGAGCCAGUUGAGGAGGUAAAACCAAGUGGGACUACACCAGUUGUGUCAGAUGGGGCUACUAAAUCAAACACUAAAUAUGCAGUCUAUGCAUUUGCAUUUGGUGCCCUUGCAGUAUCAGCGUUUUAUAUGCUGAAGUAGGAUUAUGUCUAGUAGCAUUGAUGACUAUCGCAAUGGGCAUACAUGUACAUUAGAAGAUUAAGGACAAAAAAGUUUGUAGUUCGAUGCAGAGAACCAGGAACAUGCUAUACCAUUGUUAAAUGAAUAAUUAAUGUUAAUAUAAGUAGAAAUGCAACCAUAUAAGAAUGAAUGUGCUUUGCAGAACAUUGUACAAUUUCAUGUGGUAUAACUAGCAAUCAUCGUUGAGGCUUAAAAUGAACAUAUUUUUAAAUGCAGAAAAUGUGAUUUUGAUAGAGAAAUCCAGCAAUAAUUGUGAUCUCAGCUCAUUUCAGGGUGAACCUAUGUUAUGUCUUAUAUAAAACAGUUUACUUAGUAAACACUGCUCAGUCAUGCAUGAAUGCAGGGUGUGAGUUCAGAUCUAGGAUCAAAAUUAAACUACAUGUAUAUAGUGAGACUAGUACCACCUUUACAUAAUCACCCGUGUUGUACUUGUGAUCGAAAUUAGUUUAGAGCUCUCGUUCUCAACUUAUUAAAAUGCAGUCCAGCAUGUUGAGUGCUCUAAACAAUUGAUUGCUCUAAAUGAAUGUUUUUGCAUUUAAGCAGUUCAACAUGAAUGACUAUGUAGUCUGAACUGAGUUAUUUUAGACUGAUGAUCAGUGCUUAUAUCACACCUUGCAUGAAUGACAAAACCAAGUUUUAAUAUCAAAUAUGUAUCCUCUAGAGAUGAUGACGUUUAUUUUCUAGAAUUUAUGUCAAACAUGUGUUUUUGGAUUAUCCUAAGCUUAGCUUUGUAGAAUAUGCAGGCAUAAAAAGUCAUGACAUUCAUUUUUUAUUCAAGGUAAAUGUCUCUUAUGUU